GAGCGGCUCGGAGGAGGGAGAGAGAGGGGGGGAGGAGGAGGAGGAGGAGGAGGAGGAGGGGAGGGUGCAGCGCUGCUCGCCACCAACAGGACGGUGUUCAAAAGAAAUGAAAUAAAGAAAACACCCCGCGCGAGCAGCACCACCUGCGCACAGGAAACACCGCGUUCUCACGCUGGAGUCCCCCCGCGCGCGUGACUUUGGAAAAAAAAAAACACGCGCUCCCCCCACCCCCCCCUCUCCCCCUCUCCCUCCCACGGUGCUGCGCUUUUAUUUACGUCUUCUUCUUCUUCUUCUUCUUCUUCACGAGAGACGCGGAAGGAAACCCUGAAGUGUGUCUCGGGGCAUUGUCACAGGAAAAGACCCCAAAAUCUGUCCCCACGCUGGAGGACCUCCACGCGACAACAAUGGGCUGCGUUUCCACCGGGAACCCCACGGGCACACACACGGGAGCGCAGCGUUUCACACCCGGCCGACAUUAGUCUGUUUAUUUGUUAAACACACGGGAGGAAGAGGAGGAAGAGGAGAGGGGGGGUCGUCAUUUGGGGACCGUGAUGCCCGCCAGGAACAGGUACAACCUGGUGGACGACGUCAAGGACUCGAGGCUGCCGCUGCACAACGACGAGGCGUACCACCAUGGGAUCUCUUUCCAGGCGAAGUACGUGGGGUGUCUCGACGUGCCCAGGCCCAACAGUCGGAUGGAGAUCGUUGCAGCCAUGAGGAGAAUCCGGUACGAAUUCAAGGCCAAGAACAUCAAGAAGAAGAAAGUGAACAUCGUGGUGUCUGUGGACGGCGUGAAGGUGCUGCUGAGGAAGAAACAGAAGAGGAAAGAAUGGACGUGGGACGAGAGCAAGAUGCUGAUCAUGCAAGAUCCCAUAUACAGGAUUUUCUACGUCUCACACGACUCCCAGGACUUAAAGAUCUUCAGCUACAUCGCGAGAGACGGUUCCAAUAAUUCCUUCAGAUGCAACGUCUUCAAGUCAAAGAAGACGUCCCAGGCCAUGCGUAUAGUGCGCACGGUGGGUCAGGCCUUUGACGUGUGUCACAAGCUCAGCCUCCAGCAUGCGGAGCAAGACGCCGACGGGGAGAGCAACAAGUCCACGGAGGAGUCGAGCAGCGACGGUCGUAAGGUGACGGGGGAGGAACGAGGGGAGGAAGAGGAGGAGGACGGCAAACCAGGAGGAAGACGAGGAGGAGGAGAAGAUCCUUCAGCCGGCUCCUCGACCCCCUGCGAGAAGGCAGUCGGGGAAAUCCUGCAGAGCCUGGCUGAACUGAACGUGGUCCAACCCGGACAGACCAUCAUAGACUUUGACCGGAGGUCCCUGUUCACCGUGACGUCGCAGGGCGCGACCCCCGGCAGCCCUCGCUCUCGCUCGCUCACUCCGCUGGCGUCGCACCACUACCUGCAGCUGCUUCAGCAGCAGCUUCAGCAGCAGCAGCAGCACACGCAGGUGGCCGUCGCACAGGUGCAGCUGCUGAAGGAUCAGAUGGCGGCAGAGACCGCCGCCCGCAUGGAGGCCCAGGCCCGCGUCCACCAGCUGCUGCUGCAGAACCGGGACCUGCUGCAGCACCUGGCGCUGCUGGUGCAGCAGCUCAAGGAGCUGGAGGCGCGCUCCUCCCCGAAAACACCACCGGGGGGGCAAGCUAACGGACACGGCGGUCAGCGGUUGCCGUGCGGCACCGUCUCCACGGCGACAAUGUCCCUGUCUCUGAGUCUGAAGAACCGCUACAGCCAGACCCAGGACCAGCUCAUCACCUCCACGCCGGCGUGGCCGCUCCGGACCUCGCCCUCCUCCCCCGGCCGGGUGGACUGCGCCGAGUCCUACCUGAACCUGCUCAACCUGGAGAACGCCGCCGAGCCGGCUCCACCGGCCAACGGGGACCUGGACCCCUUCGUCGAGGCCAACGGGGACCUGGACCCCUUCGUCGAGGCCAACGGGGACCUGGACCCCUUCGUCAGGGCCAACGGGGACCUGGACCCCUUCAAUGGGGACCUGGACCCCAAAGGGAGCUUGUGCAAGGAGAUGGUCCCGUUCACGCUGAGGAACUCGGCCAUCUUGGAUGAAAAGUUCGCCAUCCCAAAACUCAACCCCCCGCCCUCCAUGAACCGCAAGCGGGCCAGCAGGACCUUGUCUCCGGGCUCCGAGGCGCCCAAGCCGGGGGAGGUCGUGGCCCCCGGCGGCAGCAGCUGCAGCCUCUCGUUCCCGGACGUCACCCCGAGCUCCUCGUCGUCCGCCGACUUCCACUCCCUCGGCAACGGGGAGAGCGGCUCCUGCUCGACCAGCGAGGACUCGGGCGUCCGCUCCGAGACCAAGUCGCUGAUGUCGCCGCUCCACGACGACGACGACCCCGACGACCCCUUCGGGGACUGCGGGACGUUUUUGACGGCCUCCAGCGGCUGCGACAGCCCCCCGGAGGAGAGGAACCAAGCGGUUCUCUCGGCGCUCUCCUCUGCUCCGAUGAAUGAUACCUGCCUUCAUAUCAGCUUCUCUGAGGACGAGCUGCUGGAGAGCAACCAGGAAGACCCCCACGCCCCCCAGAGGAGUUAAAGAGGACCCCCGCAGACCUGUCACUCAACACUUCCAUCAGCUGUUAAUGCAAUACUUACGUCUGACCCUCCUGUGUUUGCACCGGUUACUGAGAAAUGUAUAAACGACCAGCCAAUAGACAGAUUUAGUAUUUUUGUAAUUAAAUUAAUUACCGUUUAGUGACUAGAAUGUGAAGCAGAAUACAUGUAGCAAGUUCUGGCACGGUUUAAAAAAAAGGUCACGCGUUAAGUUACCGUAGGACUCAAAGGAAACGAGGGGACACGUUUUAUUUUUGCUAGUAGUCAAAACCUUAAAAAAACCAAAUGUUUUGUGUGAUGCGAACUAUUGUGUAAACUCUCAUGUUUCACAGAGCGGUGAUGUUGGGAGAAGCCUUCUGUGGAGCACCUGGAGGGAGGAAAGGAGGGAACAAGGAAGUCAGAUGAAGGACGUAGGGAGGAUAGAAGUGAGCGGAUGUAGUCGUGUUGAGUGGGUUUUAUAGUUUCUUUUGUGCGCUCCUUGUUUUUGGGGCUUUCCAGACCGGAGAGAUUAGAGGAAUAUCCGUCUGGAUUGUGUGUGUGGUUUUAUCUUUUUAAAAACAUUGUGAGAUAUUUAAAACGCGGGAAGAAAGCAAACCCUCGAAAGGGAACCGAGCCAGAAGCCUUCAGAGCUCUCCGAGGAGGUCGUGUGGUUUUAAAUGAACCGUCAGACUCAUAAUUAGGAAUCAGAGAGGCAGAAAGACGGAUUCUCUGACUUUGAAUGAUCCUGAAUUACGAGCAGUCGGGAGAAAUUAAGAUGAUUUUAAAUUACAUAUAUGUGUAUAUUUUAAAUAUAUAUUACAUACAGUAUAUGUAUGUUUUGAACUGACAUGUUAUACAUUAAGCGAUAAAUAAUCAAAGUUAUCAGCAGGUAAUUAAUAUAAUUAUUUAUUGAAUCCCCAUUUUUUUUGAGUGUUUAAUUCAAUCGGGUCUAAGUGGUGAUGGACGAAGCAGCCAAAGGGGGCCUUGGAGGUCGGGGGUGUAACAACGGGGCUUUUCUCAACAUCACAAGCGAUGAGAGCAAUAACACUUUGGAAGAAAACACUAAUAAAGAGGAAUAGUUGAAGAACUUGA